AUGCCUUUGACUAGGUCGAAGAGUCUUCCGGCGACGGAUGGGAUAACGGAGAACGGUGGAUCCGAUCGGGAGAAACUUGCAUCGGGGAGAUCGGUGGCUGGGAUUCUCUACAAGUGGACUAAUUACGGAAAAGGGUGGAGAUCCAGGUGGUUCCUCCUCCGCGAUGGAAUCUUGUCCUACUCCAAGAUCCGGCGGCCGGAGAAUGUAAAUUCUUUAUCUCCUUCCGACGAUGUGAGACUGAUCGGAGAUAAUUCUACCGAUCGUCUCUCGAGGAUGGUUAGCUGUAGCGGCCGUGGCCGUCGGAAACACCAUAAAACCAUCGGCAUUGUUCAUCUCAAGGUUUCAUCUUACAGAGAAAGCAAAUCUGACAAUAGAAAGUUUUAUAUAUUUACUGCAAGCAAGACUCUUCAUCUGAGGACUGAUUCAAGAAGUGAUAGAGCAGCAUGGUUACACGCUUUAGCAUCCACCAGAGGUAUCUUACCUCUCCAGUCACUUAGUGGGGAUUUCUCCUUCGUAUCACCAAAGGAUUUAUCAAUAUCUACCGAGAGGCUAACGAAACGAUUACGUGAAGAGGGAAUAAACGAGAGUCUUGUAAAAGAGUGUGAAGAGAUAGUGGAUUCAGAGUUCUCCGAAGUUCAAGAACAAAUUAAACUUCUCCACGAGGAACGGACAAAGUUACUUGGCGCAUUGAAGGAACUGGAGAUGGCUAACCUUGAAGCUGAAGCCUCAGGGAUCCAUGACAGUGUCUAUCAAUUACCAAAACACAAGUAUUCUAGCUCAAGACGCGGAAAAUAUAGUGAAUGCAGUACAAGUGCUUCAUCUGAUGAGAAACAAGAGUUCGAGGACAUCUCUGAGGAAGAUGGGCCUUCCUUCCAUGACACAAAGGAUUAUUUUAGCGAACCUGAUGUUGGUUCGGGGCACAUGCAUUUCAAGAGGCGAACAAGACUGCCUGACCCAGCAGAGAAAGAGAGAGGUGUUAGUCUCUGGUCUAUGAUUAAAGACAAUGUUGGAAAGGAUCUCACACGAGUUUGUCUUCCUGUUUAUUUCAACGAACCAAUAUCCUCUCUCCAAAAGUGUUUUGAAGACUUGGAGUACUCUUAUCUCCUGGACCAAGCAUAUGAAUACGGAAAAUCCGGGAACAGUCUCCUCAGAGCCCUGUAUGUUGCUGCUUUUGCAGUCUCUGGUUAUGCUUCCACUGAAGGCCGGCACUGUAAACCUUUCAACCCUUUGCUUGGAGAAACUUAUGAAGCCGACUUUCCUGAAAAGGGAAUUCGUUUCUUCUCUGAGAAGGUAAGCCACCAUCCAACAGUUAUUGCCUGCCAUUGCGAAGGUAAAGGAUGGAAGUUCUGGGGUGACACAAAUCUCCGGUCGAAGUUUUGGGGGAGAUCGAUUCAACUGGAACCCGUCGGAGUUUUGACUCUUGAGUUCGAUGAUGGGGAGACAUUCCAGUGGAGCAAAGUUACGACAACUAUAUACAAUAUCCUACUUGGUAAACUGUACUGUGAUCACCAUGGGACAAUGCAGAUCCGUGGGAAUCGCCAACAUUCUUGUACGCUCAAGUUCAAGGAGCAAUCAAUUCUCGAUAGAAAUCCCCACCAGGUUAAUGGCUUUGUAGAAGAUGUAAGCGGGAAACAAGCCGCGACGGUUUUUGGUAAAUGGGAUGAUAGCCUUUACUAUGUAGCUGGUGAUGGGCUUAACAAGGCGAGCGCCUCGUUGAUGUGGAAAUCAAUAAAGCCACCACCUAAUGUCACUAGAUACAACUUAACAUCAUUCGCAAUCACGCUAAAUGAAUUGACUCCUGGUUUGGAGGAGAAGCUUCCUCCGACAGAUUCUAGGCUCCGACCAGAUCAACGGCACUUGGAGAAUGGUGAAUAUGAGAAGGCAAAUGAAGAGAAACAACGAUUAGAGAGAAGGCAAAGAAUGUCACGGAAGCUUCAAGAAAGCGGGUGGAGACCGAGAUGGUUCGAGCCACAAGGAGAGAGUGAAGGCUACAAGUAUACAGGCGGUUAUUGGGAAGCAAGAGAAGAGCUGAGUUGGGAUGAUUGUCCAAACAUAUUUGGCGAGUUCACAGAAGAGGUUACAGAUUCCGCUUAA